GUGUGCUCAGCCUGCCGGAGGGCCUGACUCUGCACAGAGAGCAGCGAGCGGCGAAGGGCGGCGAGGGGCCGGCCUUCAGUCAGUCCGAGCUCCGCUCCGUGGAGCAGUGCCUGCUGGCCACCAGGGUGGGCAGCGUCUCUGAACUCAGUGACCUGGUGUCCAGAGCCAUGCACCACCUGCAGCCGCUCUACAUGAAGAACCACAACAACGGGACCCCCAUCCACCAAAAGAGCUGUGCCAUCCACUGGGCCCCCGAGGCCAUCUACACGCUGUGUUACUUCAUGCACUGCCCCCACCUGGAGUGGGAGAAUCCCAACGUGGAGCCCUCCAAGGUUACCUUACAAACGGAGAGGCCGUUCCUGGUGCUGCCGCCUCUCAUGGAGUGGGUGCGUGUGGCCGUGGUCCACACCGAGCACAGGCGCAGCUUCUAUGUGGACAGCGAUGAUGUCCGGCAGGCUGCCAGGCUGCUGCUGCCCGGAGUGGACUGUGAGCCUCGCCAGCUUCGAACGGAUGACUGCUUCUGCGCCUCGAGGAAACUGGAUGCAGCCUCCGCUGAGGCGAAGUUCCUGCAGGACCUGGGCUUCCGUAUGCUCAGCUGCGGACGCACCGAUUUAGUCAAGCAGGCCGUCAACCUGCUCGGGCCGGAUGGAGUCAACAGCAUGAACGAGCAGGGGAUGACGCCGCUGAUGUACGCGUGCGUCCGCGGAGACGAGGCCAUGGUGCAGAUGCUGCUGGAUGCAGGAGCCGACAUCAACGGCGAGGUGCCAAACACCAUCCACAAGCACCCCUCAGUCUUUCCCGAAACGCGGCAGGCGACAUCCCUCACCUUCGCCGUGUUGCACGGACAUGUGCCUGUGGUGCAGCUGCUUCUGGAUGCCAAAGCCAACGUGGAGGGGUCCCUGCAGGACGGAAUGGAGAACUACACGGAGACGCCGCUGCAGCUGGCCGCCGCUGCAGGAAACUUUGAGUUGGUGAGUUUGCUGCUGGAGCGGGGGGGCGACCCCAUGGUGGGCACCAUGUACCGCAACGGCAUCUCUACGGCGCCGCAGGGAGACAUGAACUCCUACAGCCUGGCGGCGGCCCACGGGCACAGGGACGUGUUUCGUAGACUCCUGUCCCAAUCAGACAAAGGAAAAGCCGAUGUUUUGUCCCUGGAGGAGAUCCUGGCUGAAGGUUCGGAGCCGGAAGCUGGAAGUCCGUCUCACGUGGAACCGAUCCGAGCCGGAAAAGCCAAACUGAAAGCCCUGAAGGAGGCCAUGUACCACAGUGCGGAGCACGGACACGUGGACAUCACCAUCGACAUACGCAGCCUCGGCGUCCCGUGGACUCUGCACACGUGGCUGGAGUCUCUGCGGACGUGCUUCCAUCAGCACCGCCGGCCUCUGAUCCAGGGUCUGCUGAAGGAGUUCAGCUGCAUCGACGAGGAGGAGUACACGGAGGAGCUGGUCACGCAUGGCCUUCCUCUCAUGUUCCAGAUCCUCAGGGCCAGUAAGAAUGAGGUGAUCAGCCAGCAGCUGUGUGUGAUCUUCACCCAGUGCUACGGCCCGUACCCCAUCCCCAAACUGGUGGAGAUCAAGCGGAAGCCGUCCUCUCGUCUGGAUCCUCAUUUCCUGAACAACAAAGACAUGUCCGAUGUGACGUUUUUGGUGGAGGGGAAGCCUUUUUACGCCCACAAAGUUCUGCUCUUCACGGCGUCUAACAGGUUCAAAUCUCUUCUUGCAAACAGACCUUGUGGGGAAAACACGUGCAUUGAAAUCAGUAAUGUCAAAUACCACAUUUUCCAGCUUGUGAUGCAAUAUCUGUACUUUGGCGGGACAGACGCUCUGCACAUCCGGAACUCCGACGUCAUGGAGCUUUUGUCAGCAGCCAAGUUCUUCCAGCUGGAGGCGUUGCAGCGACACUGUGAGAUCAUUUGCUCCAAGAACAUCAACACAGAGACUUGUGUAGAGAUCUACAACCACACCAAGUUCCUGGACGCUCCUGACCUGGCGUCCUACAUCGAGGGCUUCUUCCUGAAGAACAUGGUCAUCCUCAUUGAGCUGGAGCCAUUCAAACAGCUGCUGUACGACACGCCCCCCGACAGCCCGGGCGCCGACGUCCUGCAGGCCCUGGAGAAAACGCUCGCCAUCCGCAUCCAGUCCAUCCACCUGUCCUCGUCCAAAGGCUCCGUCGUCUGAGGAGCUGAUCCCGGACAGCGAUCAGCGGCGUCUGAGCGAGUGAUGGGAAUCCCGGACAUCCCGGACAUCCCGGACUCGCGUCUCUCAGUAGCUACAUGCUUCGUGUUAUCUUAGCACAGACGGUUGCGUUUGUCCCCCUUCUUCAUUUCCAGGAAACCUUCCGUCCUUCUGGGCUUCAUACGCCUCAACCUGCCAACACCAGACGUUACUGUAGCAGACGUCCUGGAGUUUCUCUUUGGAAGUUUGUGGAACGGAUCGAGUGGAACCGCAGAAACAGAGCCGCUCGGAUCCUCCAUGACCUGUGAGUGGAGGAGAGGAAAAACCGGGACGCUCCUUACAGAACAGGGAGUGAGCGGAUUUGUCGGUCGGAUGUUGAUCCGAUUUCUCCUCAGAGCCAAACGACAGGAAGCAAACUGGACGAGCAGGAAGUUUAGGAAGCUGGACAGGAAGAGGGACUUUUAUUUUCUUCACUACUGUGUACAUUUUGUUAAUAAGAGUAGAGAAAUUGAUAAUGUAAGUUAAUGUAUAUAUAUUCCCAUAUUUUUUCUCAUGUGUGACUGAAGAUUGAUGUAAAAUCAGGAAACUCAGCUUGUAAAUAUCUGUGUUUAAAUGUUGCAUGUCAAAGAAGUGACUUUGUCUCCGUUUUUAAAUGAUCACUUUGUCGUCAGCAUGGGUCACCGUCUAAUUCCUGCAUCAUUUCGGUUCAUCUCCGUCACCGUCUAAUUCCUGCAUCAUUUCGGUUUAUCUCCAUCACCAUCUAAUUCCUGCAUCACUAGGUUUCAUCUUCGUCGCGGUCUAAUUCCUGGAUUGUUCAAGUUUAUCUCCGUCGCCGUCUAAUUCCUGGAUCAUUUCGGUUCAUCUCCGUCACCGUCUAAUUUCUGCAUCAUUUCGGUUUCUAUCAGUCACCGUCUAAUUCCUGCAUCAUUUCGGUUUAUCUCCGUCACCAUCUAAUUCCUGCAUUAUUUCGGUUCAUCUCUGUCACCGUCUAAUUCCUGCAUUAUUUCGGUUCAUCUCCGUCACCGUCUAAUUCCUGCAUCAUUUCGGUUUAUCUCCGUCACCAUCUAAUUCCUGCAUCAUUUCGGUUUAUCUCCGUCACCAUCUAAUUUCUGCAUCACUAGGGUUUCAUCUUCGUCACGAUCUAAUUCCUGGAUUAUUCAGGUUUAUCUCUGUCACCGUCUAAUUCCUGGAUUAUUCAGGUUUAUCUCUGUCACCGUCUAAUUCCUGGAUCAUUUAGAUUAAACUCCGUCUGAUUACUGCGUCAUAUAGACUCCUCUCUGUCACCAUCUAAUUCCUGAAUUAUAUAAAUUCAUCUUGGUCACUGUCUAAUUUCUGCUCCAUUUAGGUUAAUCUCAGCUACUAAUUCUUGCAUCAUCUAGGUUUACCGCCGUCUAAUUCCCGCAUCAUAUGGGUUCAUCACCAUCACAGUCUAUUUCUUGAAUCAUUUAAGUUCAUCUUCGUCACCGUCUAAUUCCCUCAUUAUAUAGGUUCAUCUCGAUCACCGUCUAAUUCCUGGAUAAUUUAGGUUAAUCACUGUCUAAUUUCUGGAUAGCAUCUAACUCCUGUAUAAUUGAGGUUCAACUCUGUCACUGCCUAAUUUCUGGAUAAUUUAGGUGUCAUUGUCUAAUUCCUACAUCCUUUGGGUUUAUUUCCGUCACCAUCUAAAUCCUGCGUCUCUUAGGUUAAUCUCAAUCAGGUCUAAUCCCUAAAUAAUUUAUGUUCAUCUCGGUCACUGUGUAAUUUCAGCACUUUUAUGAAUAUUCUCCGCCACUGUCUAGUUGCUGCUUUUUCUAUGUUUAGCUCUGUCACCGUCUAAUUACUGAAUCAACUGGGUUUAUCGCUGUCUAAUUCAUACAUCAUUUAGGUUCAUCUUAAUCACCAUAAAAACUUCUUUCAACGUUUAGGUUCAUCUAAUUCCUGGAUAAUAUGGGUUCAUCUCCGUUACCGUUUAAUUUCAGCACUACUUAGGUGUUUCUCCGCUACUGUCUAAUUCCUGCAUCAUUUAGGUUCAUCUCUGUCCUUUUCGCCUUUCGCUUCCAGAUGUUUUCCAGAAAUCCUGGAAAAGUGAAGCUUUUGCUUCUCUGAAGGGUCACAGUUAACAAGAAUUGACGUUUAGUUGCAUUUGAUGCAGAAAGAGACAUCAUGGUUUUGUGAACUAAAGAUGGCUUCCCUGUUAUUUUGUCUUCUGCAGUGAAAGGUUAGAUCUCAGUUGGGAGGUGUUUUAAUGUGGCAUCCAGCAGUGUAGAUGCCAACCAGAUCCAUGCAGCCGGAAAUCUGUGGAAAACAUUCAAAAGAGAAUCUCUAGACCCAUGAAAAGGAAUAAAAUCCUAACAAAUAA